CCGCCGCACGCCCGGCUGCCAAGAUGGCGGAGGUGGAACUGCCGAGUGAGGCCCGGGUGGCCGAGCUGCUGCGGACCGACCCGUACCUGGAGCCGCACGUCGGGGAGCUGCGGAGGAGGUACAAUAAUUUCAACAGUUUGGUCAAAAGUAUCGUUGCAAAUGAAGGAAGUCUUGAUAAGUUUUCUCGUGGCUACGAAUCUUUUGGUGUCAACCAACAGGCUAAUGGUGGAAUUUAUUGCAAGGAAUGGGCCCCAGGAGCAAAGUCUAUAUCUCUUGUUGGAGAAUUCAAUGACUGGAAUGUUUCUUCCCAUCAUUACAAAUCAUUGCCAUUUGGAAAAUGGGAGCUGUACAUUCCCCCCAAAGCUGAUGGUUCAUCCCCUAUACCGCACGGAUCCAAGCUUAAGGUGGUGAUUGGGGAUGAUACUGGAAGGCAGCUAUACCGCAUCUCCCCGUGGGCACGGUACGUCACCCGGCAGGUGGCUGCCCAGACCUAUGACUGGCUGCACUGGGAUCCACCCCACCGAUACCUGCGCAGGCAUCCUCAUCCCCCGAGACCAAAGAGUGUAAGGAUCUACGAAGCUCAUGUCGGGAUAGCUUCUCCUGAAGGAACUAUCGCCACAUACAAGAACUUCACACACAACGUGCUGGCCCGCAUCAAGAAUCUGGGUUACAACUGCAUCCAGCUGAUGGCCAUCAUGGAACAUGCCUACUAUGCCAGCUUUGGCUAUCAAGUGACCAGCUUCUUUGCUGCAUCGAGCCGCUAUGGGACCCCGGAUGAGCUGAAGGAACUGGUUGACACGGCCCACUCGAUGGGAUUGCUGGUGCUCCUUGAUGUUGUCCACAGUCACGCAUCGAAAAACACGGAAGACGGGCUGAAUCUCUUUGACGGCACUGAUUCCUGCUUCUUCCACUCAGGCAGCCGUGGCACACACAGCCUGUGGGACAGCAGGAUCUUCAACUAUUCAAACUGGGAAGUCAUACGGUUCCUGCUGUCCAAUCUCCGGUGGUGGGUCGAGGAGUAUUACUUCGAUGGCUUUCGCUUUGACGGGGUGACGUCCAUGUUAUACCAUCACCACGGCAUCGCUGUCAGUUUCUCUGGUGACUACAAUGAAUAUUUCGGUCUUCAAGUUGACGAGGAAUCCUUGGCCUACCUAGCCCUGUCAAACUACAUGCUGCACACCUUCUACCCAAACUUCAUCAGCAUCGCAGAGGAUGUGUCAGGAAUGCCCACACUCUGCCGACCAGUGACGGAGGGAGGCGGAGGAUUCGACUUCCGACUGGCCAUGGCGAUUCCCGACAAGUGGAUCCAGAUCUUGAAGGAGCUGAAGGAUGAGGAUUGGGACAUGGGCAACAUUGUGCACACACUUACCAACCGGCGGUAUGGAGAGAAGACCAUCGCCUACGCUGAGAGCCACGACCAGGCUCUUGUUGGGGACAAGACCUUGGCAUUCUGGCUGAUGGAUGCGGAGAUGUAUACCAACAUGAGUGUGCUGACGCCCCUGACACCAGUGAUAAACCGUGGAAUCCAGUUACACAAGAUGAUCCGGCUGAUCACACACACUCUGGGAGGCGAGGGGUACCUGAACUUUAUUGGCAAUGAGUUUGGCCACCCUGAAUGGCUGGACUUUCCCCGGAAAGGAAACAAUGAAAGUUACCAUUACGCCAGGCGCCAGUUUAACCUCCCGGACAGCCACCUGCUGCGCUACAGCCUCCUCAACACGUUUGACAGGGACAUGAACAACUUGGAAGAGAGAUGCGGUUGGCUGGCAGCACCGCCGGCAUACGUGAGUGAAAAGCACGAAGAAAACAAGGUCAUCGCCUUCGAGCGCGCAAAUCUUCUCUUCAUCUUCAACUUCAACCAUGAGAAGAGUUUCCCUGACUACAGGGUAGGAAUAGACUUGCCUGGGAAGUAUAAGAUAGUGCUGGACAGUGAUGCAGCAGAGUACGGCGGCCACAGUAGGUUGGACCACAACACCGAGUUCUUCACAGAGCCCCGACCUCAGAACAAUCGCCUCAACUCUCUGCUGUUGUCCCAUGUUGACCCCGACCAUGUUCAGCGGAAGACUCAUGCCUCGGAGGUCUACAUCCCCAGCCGGACGGCCAUCAUCCUCGCUCGCGUGGACCCCUCCCAGUGACCGGGAGCUUGGCACCGAGGACAGGGCAUGUUAACCCACCACCCCCCCGCUCCGUGCUCUGACACAGGGCCCCACCCUGCUCAAGUUUUCACAUUAAAUGUCUGUAAACAAACA